AUUCGGUUUACGCACAAGUGGUGAAUAAAACUUUUGGAUUACCUUAAAUACUUCGAAAAACAACAACCCUGCUCCAUGGUGAACAUACAGAAAAUUACAGUUUAAUUUGGCGCAAGUGUUAAACAACUUUAAUUGCAAUUUUUCAACUACAACACCGAGUCGUUUUAUUUACAUAAUUUAAUUAUUUUGUACAUAAGCUCUUUAUUUGAAAGAUGAUGUCUAAGAUUUAUAGAUUUUCAAGAAUUAUUGGAGGACGAUACGUUAAUGCCUGUGAUUUGGCUGCGCGUAACUUUUCGUUGACAUCUCUUAGAUUGGACCAUUUUAGGGAAUUACAGCGGAACCUACUUAUUCAUGAUAGCAAAUGCGAUUCCUCGAGUAACAACCAACAGAUUAAAAGUUUUAGUACAGGAAACUCCUACCGAAAAGAAAUAUCGUCCGUAAACUACAGUUAUGUAAAAGAGCUGCCGAAUCGUCCCGAAAAACUGUUAAUUGAUGUACGGGAGCGGCAGGAACUUGAAGAAACUGGGAAAAUACCAACGAGUAUUAAUAUCCCACUUGAUUCCGUUUCACGUAUGUUGGCAGAGGAUGUUAGACCACAAGUUUUUCAGUCGAAGUUUGGUCGCCGGAAGCCAUCGACUGAGGAUGAAAUAAUUUUCACAUGUAAACUAGGAAAGCGUGCCUUAAAAGCUGCAGAAAUAGCUAAUGCGAUGGGUUUCAAGAAUGUAAAGUUCUACGAAGGAUCUUGGGACGAUUGGGUAAAAAAUGAAAAUGAAAAACAAUAAUUUUUUUUUGUUUAACUGGACGAGCUUUUUAUUGAAUUCUUGUUUUUGAAAUAUAUUAUAUAUUCUUAAUAAUGCUUGGCAUUAAUAUUCGUCCUUACAUAUGAGUAUGCUUAUCAAUAACUGCUCUCUUUAAUUGUAUAUUUUUAAAUUUUUAAGUACUUCCACACACAUUUAGUUUACAGACUUCUUAUCCCGAAAAAUUUGAGGAACUCCGCACAAGCGUAUUAUACAAUUAAGCUCUUGUUGAAUGAAUAUGUAUAUAUUCGUAUGCUAAUGCAUUUAUAUCGCUAAUGUUAGCAUUUAUAACUUAAUAAAACAAUUUUUAUCGUCUUUUAAUAAUGCAAAUUUGUACAAAUAAUAAAA